AUAUUUACAAGUGGAAAAUUAAAAACAAAGCAUCGAACUGAAAUUGUAGUACUCGUGUAAGCUCCCCCACAUAAAAAUGGAACCUCAACAAAACGAGGAUAUGAUUGAUGGAGCUUUGCGCAAAGACUUUGUGCUGGAGCGCUUGAACAAGCGCAACAAGGAUCGCCAGAAUUAUUUGGAUGUCAAACUGGAGCAACGGAAUAAGGAGUCGGUACAGAAUGAGGGCGUGGACUACUUUGCACAAUCGUUUGGCCAGCGCGCCUACGAAGUCGAACAGCGCAUCAAUACAGUGCAUCUGGACAGUGGCGAUGCACCAUUACCUGAUCUCAGCAAGCAUUUUGCAGACAUAACAAUGCAAAUACAAGAGCUGCAACGGUAUUUAACCAGCUCCACCAUGUUUCUGUCGGAUUUUAAAAUAAAAUCGUGCCAAAACAUGCUCAAUGCGCUGACCACAGCUAAUGAUGAGGCUCGGCAGCGACUCAUGCCCAAAAAGAAGUUCGGCUUUAGUGCCAAAAAACUGGUGGUUAAGCAGCCGCCAACUAUUGCCAAGCUGGAUACGCCCGAGAAGUCCGUGAAGCAAAGUAACUUUAGCUGGACCAUUGCCAAUCGGCGAAAUGCACAUAUAUUGCUGACAGCCGAACAGGUUAAUGGCCAGGAUAUAACUAUUUCCAAUGUACACAAAUGUUUCGUGGAGCUGCAGGGUCAUCCUGGCUCUGUGCAGAUAUCCAACGCCAGUCAAUGCACGCUGCUCUGUGGUCCCGUGUCGCGUUCGUUCUUUGGCGAGCAGCUGGAAAGCUGCACUCUGGCUGUGGCAUGCCAGCAAGCGCGUCUGCAUUCCUCAAAGGAUGUGCGUAUUUAUUUGCACGUCACCUGCCGUGCCAUAAUUGAAGAUUGCCGUCAGUUCAGCAUUGGUGAGUAUAACUACGACUAUGCUGAGCUGGAGGCAGACUAUGCGCAGUCCGGGUUAAACAAGGCGCACAACAACUACACAGACGUCGCCGACUUUAAUUGGCUUUCACCAGAUGCGCCCUCGCCCAACUGGACGCUGCUUAAGGACGACGCUGCUCCCAAUUGGAACGCACUACGUCGCGAUUUUCUCAAUGCCAGCGCUAGUGCUGGCAAGCUCGUGGGUAAUAUCUAGUGGUGGCGUUGGGGGCGUAGGUGCUCUCUGAUGUUGUUGUGCACGAUAUCAGCCUACGUUCUGGUAUUAUGCUGGCUACUCGUGGAAUUACUGCUGACGCAUCGCAGCUCUGUACUCUGUAGAUAGUUGUAAGCCGCCCCCUCUCUCCAAUGAAUAAACUCAAGUUGAUGUUGAUAAGUAUAUAACCAGAAAUCCAUAGAGUAGCUUAUUGGACCGCGGCUUGGUGUUGCGGUGGUGUGGGAAGCAAGUUGACACGUCCAUUUCGUUGGCAUAAUCAGUGGCUCGACAAAAUGGCUACACAAAUUACAUUUACAGCAACGUGAUGCGAGACGUCGACGGAGUCAGGGAUCAAGAUAGACAGACGAGAGGCGACUCAUACAUGUUUGAUGUGCCCACGGACACGGACACUGACCUGCUCGAAUUGGCCCACGUACAAUGGCAUGCAUGUGAAGAGGGCUAACCUAAAAAUAAUAUAAAUGUCUAAUAACAAGCUAAUGUCUUGUAUAUAUUUUGUUUGCUUCUAAAAAUUGUUCAAAUCACUUAUA